AUGGAGUUUUCUUUACAGGACGACGAUUUUGGCGGAGAUUAUUCCGCAGCAAAUGCAACGAGGGCUUCAGGUAGUAAAAGAAGCUUCGGUGAUAUUGAAGACGAUGAAGAUGAUAUCUUCGGAUCCAAAAAGGGUCGUACGAAAGUGGAGGAAGCAGCCCCUGGUGUUGCAACUGGGAUGAUCUUGUCACUCCGAGAGAGUCUUCAGAAUUGUAAAGAUGAUCUUGCUUCAACUCAGGAUGAGCUUGAAGCAGCGAAAACCGAGAUUCAAAAGUGGAAGUCAGCGUUUCAGAACGAGUCCUUUGUACCGGCUGGAAAAUCUCCUGAACCUAGGUUUUUGAUUGACCACAUCCAGAAUCUAAAGUCUUCUGAGAGAUCUUUGAAAGAACAGUUAGAAAUUGCAAAGAGAAAAGAAGCUUCAUGCAUUGUGCAAUAUGCGAAACGGGAACAGGAUGUGGCAGAACUGAAGUCAGCUGUUCGCGAUCUGAAAUCUCAACUCAAGCCGGCUUCAAUGCAGGCGAGAAGGCUUUUAUUGGAUCCAGCAAUUCAUGAAGAGUUUACACGUUUGAAGAAUCUAGCUGAGGAACAGGACAAGAAGAUCAAGGACCUCCAGGAUAAUAUUGCAGCAGUUACUUUUACCUCCGCGGGGAAGAGUGGGAGAAUGCUUAUGGCAAAGUGCAAAACCUUGAUUGAAGAAAACGAGGAGAUUGGAUUCGAAGCUGCUGAAGGAAAGAUGCAUCAAUUAACUAUGAACCUUGCAAUGCAAAAGUCUCAAAACGCGGAACUUAGAAGUCAGUUCGAAGGACUGUUCAAACACAUGGAGGAGCUAACCAAUGAUGUUGAGAGAUCAAACGAAACGGUGAAUAUAUUGCAAGAGAAACUGGAAGAGAAGGAGAAGGAGAUCGAGAGAUUAAAGAAAGAAGGCAUGGAGGUUGUUGUUUCUGAUGUAGGCGAUGAUAAGAAAGAUGAAGCAGAAGCAGAAGCUGAUGAAAAUGAUCAAAUUCCUAAAGAAAUUGAUGCUGAAGAAUAG